AUGUUCCCCUUAAUUAGAGCAGUUAUUAUAUAUAAUGUGGUAAAUAACAUCGUAAAUGCAUUAAAUCCAACUGAAAUUUCAACAUCUGGUGGAGAUGUGGAUUCCAUUUCAAACUUCCGAUCUAAUCAAGUUGAAUUUUCGAUUCCAGAGAUAGAUCCUAAAUCUUCCAGAACUAUUAAACAUGAGUUUUUGUUUAAAACCGAUCAUAAGAGUGAAUCAUGGGAAAUUAACCCAAAUUAUGAUUUAAAAAAGUCAGGUACAAAUUACUCAAUAAAUUUCAAAGAUCAUGUAAAAUGCGCCGAAGUUGAGUGUCGCAAAUGUCAAACUAUUUGGAGGAGUAAGGCUAACCCACAUUCAAGCUCAAAUUCUAAUAAAGACUUAUCAAACUUAGAUUUUUAUUCAAAUGACUCGGAUUUAAUUAGCCAUGAUUUUAUAAUAAAAACAGAGGACAAUAAAAUUCCUUCUAACGAAAAUGAUUACAAUUACGACAUGAAAAAAUUCGGGACUACUUAUGCCUUAAAUUUUAAAAAUGAUGUAGAAUGUGUCGAGGUAAAAUAUUGUACUAUUUCAACCAUAUGGAAAAAAGAUCCUGAUGUUUAUUGGAAAAGAAGUCCAAGAUCCAUUUCUUACAACACCAAGAACGAGAGAACCUUUGUUAGAUUCUAUGGUGAUAAUUUUAAUGAAAAUUCGACAGAUCAGUCUGAUGUAUUCGAAAGUGCCCCUUUUCCUGACUAUGAGUUAUCAAACUAUACUGCAGAAUCAUCAAAUAAUUAUUCGCCAACCAGUCAACUUACAUCUGAGGACCAAAAUUCACUAAAUAGUGGUACUCCUGAAACCUGUGUUAGUCCAGACAUUUGUAAUGCGCCAGAUCAAAAUGAACUAGAUAGCAGUAUCCAAACGCUGAGUACGCCCAGUCUGUGGCCUAUAUCAGCCCCUCGUAAGGGCACCGCCCUGAGUGCUGGAUAUACCCAGGUCAACUGGGUCAUGCCCUGA